UGGUCAUUCACUUUUAUGUUGUCAGUUUACUCAUGACUGUUGGUACAUUAGUCUGUGCUGACUGCUGACAAGUAGUGGUGAACUCUGAACAGUGGUUAAUGGUAUCGGUUAUUGAUAAAUAUUGUUUCUAAUUACAUUUAAAUCUAAGCUUUCUAAUUGAAGUGUAUGAUAAAGUUUAGUAUAUUAUGAUGAAAUUUGCGUGUGAUUUGUCUCAAUCAAGUGAAUAUUUGAGUUUUAGGAGUAGUGUCCCGUUAAGAAAGAUAGUUGUGGAUUCUGAUGGAAUCAAGGCUUGGAAAAUAUUUGAUAGUGGUCCGAAGUCUGUUACUUGUCCCUUGAUAUGCUUACCUCCUGUUUCUGGAACAGCUGAUAUAUUUUAUAAGCAAGUAAUGGGACUUGCAUCUAGAGGUGUUCGAGUCAUUGCUGCUGAACCUCCACCUUAUUGGAAUAUCAAAGAAUGGUGUGAUGGUUUCAAAAAGCUUAUUGACUACCUUGAACUUGAUAAAAUACACAUUUUUGGAACAUCUUUAGGGGGUUUCAUUGCACAAAAAUUUACACAGUAUACUCAGAAUUGUCCUCGUGUAGUGUCACUUGUAUUAUGUAACACAUUUACAGACACAACAGUGUUUGAGUACAAUGAUUCAGUUGCAUUGUUUUGGCUUCUACCUUCACUAGUUUUGAAAAGAAUGCUUAUGGGUAAUUUUGCUGCUGAUAAAGUUGAUAAGAGAAUUGCAGAUUCUAUAGAUUUUAUGGUUGAAAAGCUGGAAUCUUUAACUCAAUCAGAGCUAGCAUCCCGAUUGACCUUAAAUUGUACUCCAUGCUAUGUUGAACCACAACAUCUGUAUAACCUGCCAAUCACUAUUAUGGAUGUUUGGGAUGAAAGUGCCCUUAGCUCAAGGGUGAGAGAAGAUCUUUACAAAUCCUAUCCACAAGCGAAACUAGCACAUUUGAAAAGUGGAGGGAACUUUCCUUAUUUAAGCAGAAGUGACGAGGUCAAUUUACAUUUACUGAUUCAUUUGAGGCAAUUCGAUGGUACAGACAUCUCGGCUUCUUACUUAAGUUUACACAAAAUGCCAGCUCACAAUCAAGACAACCCCGAGGAAGGUUCAGUCAGUUACUUCAACCAAAGGGAUAAGUUUGUUAAAAUAUCGUAAAUGUUUUAUAUUAUUAUGCGACUAACGAAUUUAAUAUUAACGCUAGAACAUUCCUAUUACAUAUGUUGGGUGUUUAAAUUCCUAUAAAUGGAGUUUCUAUGACUAGUCUAAACGAAAUUGAAUUCUAUAAUAGUUGAAUUUCAGGUUAGAUAAUUUUAUAAAUUAUUUAAAAAGAAUAUAUAUAAAAUACAUUUAAAUAUAAUAUCUGAUAAUUAAGAGCAAUUGAUGACAAAAAGGUUAUUUUUAUGUAAUUUUAACUGGUUUUUUCACUGGUCCAGUAUAAUUUUUGCAGUUUUGUUACUUUACUAAAAGUUUCCUAAUAUAUACAAGUAGUGUUAAAAAUUAAUCUAUGAUCAAAAACUCAGUGAAGUUUAACUUCCAUUUGGAUUUAAGAUAAUAUUGAAACAUAUUUUAAUAUGAACACUAUACAAUCAAUUAAUCUAUUAUGACAAUAACUGCCAUUAGCAAUUAUUUAUUGUAUUUAAUAUUGUUACUUACAGUUUAAUAUCAAGAUAAUUAAAAAACUUAAAUCAGUCAGACACUUGUCACCAAUAGUUUUUAUUAGUUCAAUCUUACUGACCUGACUAAUAAUAAAUUUGCAGAUUAACUCUUACUCAGAUGUAUUAGAACUUUCACACACUUUCAAUAAAAAUGAAAUCUAAUUUAAUUAAACUCUUUCUGUCAAAUGGUGUUUACGCUGUGAUGAAAAGAGACAAGAGUAUGUUGGUUAAGACUGCAAUUGAAUUUAGUUUUCUAGGAAAAAGGGGUGAUUUUAAUUUUUUAUAGUUGCCGUGAGCAAGCUCGGAGAACUUAUUACAUGUAUUAAGACUGUCUUAGGUUUUAUGAAUCUUAUGGAAUGUUGCGGUUAAAAGUUACGAAAUAUGUAUUUACUAAUUCUUUUAGUAUAUUAAUGUAUGAAUAACUUAGGGAAUUCUAAAUCUUGUUAAGAUUAAUUAUAUGACCUAUAUCUACCAAAACUUUUUUUGGUAGGUUUCUAAAUGAUAAAAACAUGGACUAUGUUUUGUCCUUCUCACUCUAGUGACAAUCGAUAAAGCAAUUGUAUAAAAACGUAAACUUAUAAUCGAAAAUGUUUUAAGCAUACAAAUUGUUAUUUCGAAAACUUAUUAGAAGCUAGAUUUUUUACGAUUAUUAAAUAAAACACCAAAGUUAACGAUAGUUUUAUUUAACUUUUCUUAAUCUAUGUUUCC